CAUCUUCCGCACGUUCAGGUGAGUUUAGUGCGUUGUUCUCCGUUUUACACAAGUUCUUCUUCAUUAAUUUUGACCGUCUGAAAUGAAGUCGUAACCAUUCGGAGACAUUUUUCUGGCCAUUGUCCUGUCAAGGUUGCCUUGUCAUGGGGACAUGUGUUCCUCAUUGCCUUUCUAGGAUCCGAAAUCGUGGUAAUUAAGUUGCAAGUAGCUCUCGUUCACUGUUUCGUCUUGCUUUUUGUCGCCUGUCCUCCAAUCAACCUCGUUUGUUUCCAACUACAGUUCUGAUUUUCUAUAUACCUAUCAGUACAUUAUAUAUCUUUCAAUGAAUCACAAAUCUGAUUACAUUCGUUGCUUUUCAAUUCGAUUUGGUUUGUUCUUUUUUCUCCCUUUUUGGUUGUUUAUUUUUUUUAUAGCUUCUCAGAUCGUUGACAACUUUUGGAGCAUGACUUGGCCAGAAGUUUUGCGUGGUAUCCAAAAAAAAAUGCUCUUAUUCUCAAUUAUGUUAUAGAUAUUUCGGUUUUAGUUUCUUUUUCGGUGGCUUAAAUUCCAUUAUGCAAUCAGUUAGGCGGCUCUUGUGCUGCCAAGCUACGCAAGUUUAUUGACCACUGGUGGUUUUUAUAUGAAGUGGAAUUUUGUGGGAACAGAAAAUAAAGUUCUACUAAGAGUUUUUAUGUUUCUAAAAACGGUGUGAAGAUACGUUUCAAGUAUUUUGAAUAUAGGCGAAGAAGUUGAUUUGUUGAUGAAUCAAAUUAAAGCUUUGUGAAUUACAAUUUCCCCCAUUAAAAAAAUAGUUGAAAUUAUUUAUUGUAAUUUAUAUUCCACUGUUCGAUCUUUUAAUUAUAAUUAGUUCUAUUCUUUUCUUGUUUCUCCCUAUAAUUAAAACUAAAAGAGCAGUGGAACACCGAGUUAUUAUUUAAUUUCGUGCCCAUCGAUUGGUUAUCCUUGGUAGACAUCACUAAAAAAACGAUAUGAUGGAGGUUAUUACAAAACAUCUGGUGCAGUGGUGCGGAGCUGGUGGUGCUGAUGCUUGUCUCUCAAUUCGGUGGCGGCGGUGCACCUAUUGAGGAUCUCUGUUCACCUCAUCUCAUUCCCUUUCUAUCUGUCUGGUGGCCUUCCUUGACCCGCCUUUUCCACUCCGCGCCCUGCUGUUGUCUGGAAAAGCGAGGGAGUGCUGGUGAAGAGGGGCAAGCGGAGACGGAGCGGACCGUAGAAAUUGUUCAAAUUCUACGUGGUCAGCAUUACGCUACAAAUUUACAAAAAAAAAAAAGAAAGAAAAUUUACAUGCUGACAAAAUAACAAACAGACAGGAAAGAGGGAGGUGAAGGGGGCAUAGGUGCGAGGGGCUGCAGUCCUGACCGGCUUUAUUUUCGGUCUGGUCUGGUCUAGUCUGGCCUGGUCAACGAUUUUAUGCUGCAUAAUCGUAUCACUUUCAAGUGUUUUCGUCUUGCGCAACCUCCCCCCCGCCCCCACCUCCUUAAUCCUAAGUAUUGCCAAAUCUACUCUGCCUAGGAAUUGCAUAAUAUCAACAGAAAUUCGCUGUUUAAUUAGCCGGCGAGUGGUCAAACUACUUGACCCAUUGAGUGCUCAUGUGGCUUUAAGGAUUAUGAAAGUUUCUCAAUUUCAACGCUUGUUUUUCUACUCCAAUUUAUUUUCCAAUGUUGUGGUAUUCAAAUGAGGCUAUUCAAAUGAGCAGCCAGCGAACUCAUUCAUAAUGUUCAUUCAGCUUCUUCGGAUUUUGUGGCAACUCAUUAACAACAAAAAGUAGCAUAAAGUACUGAUAAUGUUGACUGACGGUCGGCAUAUAACACAUGCCUGUUAACAAUAGUGUGCCCCCUUCUUUCCCUUAAAUCUGACUUGGCUUCUUUUAGCAAUUUCAUUGUUGACACUAUCCGAACCCGCGGAUCUGUCCUGUCAUAAUUGUUGCUCACUGGUUUUCUGUUACAACUUUUGCUCUUCUUUCGAGGUUAGGAGGGUUAUCCUUCAAAGUAGGACGGCCAUUUGGAUAAAUUGGUGAAACAAGAAUAUUCCUAUGGUAGUAUUAAAAACCAUUAUUAGAAUGAACAUUAGAACAUAAAUUUUAAAAGCCUUGGUUUUCAUUCACAUCUUUUUGCUGUCCAAUGAAAUUCAAAUAAAAAUUUGAAUGUAGUCAAUUACCAAACAUAUUUUGAAUGAAAAAACCUUAUGAUUGUCUUUCACCGGAUACGACUCCGCAUCUUUAAUACCGCUCCUCCAACCUACGACUAUUUUCUCAAUCAGCAUCGGCUUCUUCUUUAUUAUUAUUUCUUUUUUGCGUCGGCAACAAUUUAAACUAAUUAAGUUGUAAUAAAGCACUCAAGAAAACGCUUGAAGAAAAAACAUUGAAGAAGAAAAAAUGAUUAACCAGGCGAGUUUUGCUUGUUCAAUAUUUCUGUGCUCUUUCCUACUGUUUUCUAGCAGCGUUGAAAAAAAUUAUACAAGCAUCCAAUCGAAAUGCCCCCUCCUCAUCUUGUUGAUGAUGCUGCUAAUUUUUCAGAGCGAACCGAACCUCAACCAACCAAUUUGAUUUUUUUCCUCUAUUUGCUGUAUUUUUGGUACUUUUUGAAGUUCACCAAAAGCGUUUUCGGGCUCGGCGGUGUUAGCCUGGUCUAUUAGUUCAGUGGCCCAUUAAUGUGCAUAUUGCCUGCUCUUUUUCCGACUCUCUUUCGGGUGAUUUCAUGAUUGCGGUAAUUGUGUUAAUUUUUUGGGUAAAUAGGUUCGUAUUUUUAUUGGGCUUCGAAGUGGAAAUGGUAAGGGUACAGAAGGGUUGUGUAUUUAGAUGGCAGUUCGAUUUGGGUCAGUUGUAAAUUGCAGCCAUAUAAUUCAGCAAUCCAAUGUCAUCUGUAAAUAAGGGCCAAGACAAUAUAAUUUAAAUUCUUAAUGUUGAUAUGCAUUUUGAAACAUACACUAUCUUUAUUUAAAAAUCAUUUCAAACGAAAUGAUGAAGUAGUGACCUUAGUUUCUUCCCUCUAAACAGUAUAUCAUAAUUAUUUUCAUAACCCCUCGAAUCAAGUCAACAAACCUCGUCUACUAUUUUUGCUUAUAUUUUAUAAAACCCGUUUGUACAUCCAUCUAAGAAAUAUGUGUGAGUCGGAUUCGGGAGAAAGUACCUCCUCUCAAUCAUCACUAUCCUCAUUCAUAUCCCGCUCAUCGUCUUCUUCACGAUUGAGUGAAUUUGUGGAUGCCAAAACCGAGCUGCAGGAUAUUUACCAAGACAUGAGUCAUUUUCUUUCAUCUUUUGUAACCAUCCUCGAGGAGAGUAUUCUUUUGGAGGAUCUGCAAAUGUUAAAGAAGCUCUGUAACUUUGCGAGCAAAGUGGAAGCCAUUCAAAAUGUGUUGUCCAGAAAUCGCAUGAAGGUGGCAUUCUUUGGACGCACUUCGAACGGAAAGAGUGCAGUGAUUAAUGCCUUGCUGCAUGAGAAAAUCAUGCCCAGUGCCAUGGGUCACACCACCAGUUGUUUUUGUCAGGUGCAGGCCAAUAGCACAGAUGAGCCUGAGCACGUGAAGAUCGAGCAGGAGGAAGAGCACCUGGAGUUGAGUGCCCUAAAUGAGCUGGUCAGUGCACAUUCACCAAGGGCUCUGAAGCCCAGGACUCUAUUGCACGUUAACAUGCCCAAGAAUCGCUGCUCGCUUUUGGAUUACGAUGUGGUCCUGAUGGACACGCCCGGAGUGGAUGUCACAGCUCAAUUGGAUGAUUGCCUGGAUAGCUAUUGCAUGGAUGCGGAUGUUUUCAUCCUCGUUCUCAACGCUGAGUCUACAAUUUCCGGCGUGGAACGGCAAUUUUUCAAGGAGGUGGCCUCCAAACUCUCGCGUCCUAAUCUUUUCAUACUAAAUAAUCGCUGGGAUGUGGCCAGCAGCCAGGAACCUGAAAUGGAACAGCAGGUUAAGGAUCAGCAUAUGGAACGCUGCAUGAAGCUUCUCAUGGACGAUUUGGGUGUCUAUUCCGAUGAGGAGCAAGCCAGGCAAAGGAUUUACCAUGUCUCAGCCUUGGAGGCUUUACAAUUGCGAAACGGUUGCAAUACGAAUCCAACACUACAAACACAAGAGCGCUAUCUGGAGUUUCAACGAUUCGAAAAUGAUUUCUCAGCCUGUCUAGCAGAGUCGGCUUUAAAGACCAAGUUUGGUCAUCACUUGCUAAGUGCUAGGGAACUGUUAACCGAGUUGGAAGCCACAUUAAUAACGCCUCUCAUAGCCAAAGUCAACCAACUAAUCAAGGAAAAUGUGGAGAGGAGACAGGACUUAAAUGUGGAAAUAGAAGAUCGACAAAGAGAAAAUAUUGAGGAGAGUCAAGAGUUUCAAAUAGUUUCCGAAGAACUGGAUGAGCUGGCACUAGAUGUGGGUCGGCGGGUUUUAAGGGAGCAGAUCACCAGGAUAAUACCUCCAGCUGUGCAAUCAUUCUCGCAACCAUUUCAUCCACAGUUACCAAGGCAAAUUGGUCAUUACCAGCGCUCGUUGAGUGCCCAUUUGGAUGUCCUACUUACAGAUCAGAUAAUGUCACGUAUAUCUAUACCAAUUCAAGAAAAACUAAGCCAAUUGGAGGUUGAUCUUCUGGGUGAACCCACCGAGGACACUCUUAACUGGCAGCUCAUUUACCGUUUGAAUUGUCAAUCGUUAAUGGUUGAUUUUCAGCCAGAUCUAAGGUUUCGGUUUUCCUGGGGCAUUGCUUCCCUUUGGCACAGUUUUCGGGAGAAGCUACCACUGCCCUUCAAUCCAUUACAAGAUCGAAAGUUACGUAAUGGUCACAAGGAAACUCCGCCUGCGGUUCCUUUAAUGUACCAAAGUCAUCUGCAGAUGAUUGCAUCUUUGGUGAAAUCCGAUGGGUGCUUUGGAACUCUAUUGCUGAGUGGCCUGGCCGUUCGUUCCGUGGGCUGGCUAACAAUCUUGAUCCUUGGAGGCAUCGUGGGAUCCGUGUACACCUACGAGUUGCUCAGUUGGACGCCAGCGGCUCAAGAGCGAAGCUUCAAGAGCCAGUACUCCAAACAUUUACAGGACCAACUGCGAGGGGCAGUGCAGCAAACUGCCAGCGGUUUUGGACUGCAGAUGCAAAAUAAGCUGACAAAUAUCCAACACUUGUGGGUAACCGAAGUUGUGGAGAAUAGAAAUGACCUAAACUCAAGGACUUUUGAGCUGACCGAACAAAUAAAAUCGAUGGAGGAAAUGCAGCUCAAGUUGAGGAAGUUUCGGGACAAGGGAAAUCUAAUAUCUAUGCGAUUGGGAGAAUUUCAAGAGCUCUACUUUAACAGCAAGUCUUGAAGAUUUUGAGAGGGUUACAUUUAAAUUGUUAAUUUUCAUUUGUGCAAUGUUUAAAUUUGUUUGGUUUUUGUU